UGGCUAUCAUGCUGCAAUAAUUUCCACAAUAUUGUUGCUGCGAGAGGUGUAGAUGGAGUCUGGCUCUCUUUCCGGCUGAAGAGCCACGAUGAUCUUUCUUUAUAUCCUUACCUUCUUCCUUGGCUCUGUCUGCGCAGCUGCCGACUACCACGAGCGUCUCGUGCUCCGUCCUCUCCCGCGUGGAUCGUUACUGGCCUCUUUCGAUUUCCGCAGUAAUGCUUCUGCAAGCUCAAUUGAGAAACAGAAUUACCAGUAUUUUCCCCGCUCACUAGGUCAGAUUCUGCAACAUGCGCAUACGAGAGAAUUACAUUUGCGCUUCAGUUUAGGGCGGUGGGACGCGGAAACGUGGGGAUCGAGACCUUGGAACGGGAGAAAAGAAGGCGGUACUGGCGUGGAGCUCUGGGCUUGGGUAGAGGCAGAAAAUGAUGAAGAAGCCGCUGCUCGAUGGACAACGCUUACAAAUGCUCUAUCUGGACUGUUCUGUGCCUCGCUCAACUUUAUCGACUCUACGAGGACUAUCCGACCUGCCAUCUCGUUUGAGCCUUCAGGACACCAUUCCGAAGCUACGCUGAGCAAGUUGCACCUGCUCCAUGGCACACUACCUCGUGAACCGGUUUGCACGGAGAACCUUACGCCUUUUUUGAAGUUGCUGCCAUGUAAGGGUAAAGCAGGAAUUUCCAGUCUACUUGACGGCCAUAAGCUCUUCGACGCUUCCUGGCAGAGUAUGUCGAUUGAUGUGCGGCCGGUCUGUUCCAGUGAUUCGAACUGUGUGCUCGAGAUGGGCCAGACUGUGGAUAUGGUACUAGAUAUCGAGCGUUCGAAGCGGCAUAGAGAUAAUCCUAUUCCACGUCCUGUUGCCCCAGAAGAGCUUGCCUGCGAUACUUCGAAACCAUACGCAUCAAGUGACGCUUGUUACCCACUGGAUUCCACGUCCGAACAACCAUGGAGCUUGAGCGAAAUAUUCGGAAGACCGAUGAAGCAUUCCUGUCCGCUUACCGACAGCGAAGGAGAAGGUGCAGAGACCGUGUGCAUCGAAGUCCCUCAUGAGCGUCAAGUCUACGCAACCGCAGGAUCGACUGAGCAUAAACGGCCAGACGGUUUUUCACGAUGCUACAAGCUUUCGGAGAUUUCUGAUUUUGAUAUAUCUCUCCCCCAACAAACCCUCUCCACGUCACACCCUCUUUCCAAACCACCUCUCUAUGCCGAGCGCUCAUUUACCGGCUACGGCCAAGAGCGCGGUGGAGUUCAGACCCUCCUUACAAAUCCUUCCCAAACCGAUUCCAUUGAAUUCAUCUAUCUCGAAUCACUUCCGUGGUUCAUGAAACCAUAUCUGCAUACCCUGAAAGCGUCACUCAUCAACGGCCUUCGAGGCUCGUCAUCCUCCGACAACGUUGACACCUCCUCGACCUCUAUCAUCCAAGAAAUAUUUUACCGACCCGCUCUGGAUCGCCGACGCGGCACACAGCUCGAAGUUCGACUUAUUGUCCCACCCGCUUCCACAGCAGCACUCACGUACGAUUUCGACAAGGCCAUUUUGCGAUAUACGGAGUACCCACCCGAUGCAAACCGCGGCUUCGAUGUCGCGCCUGCUGUCGUUCGAGUCUUGUCUUCUUCUUCUUCUUUCACAUCCGACUCAAUCUUCGAGAAAGAUCAAUCUGAAAGCGAGCUUCCCGUGCAAGACUCGAUCUAUCUCCGCACGACCAGCCUCCUUCUCCCACUCCCAACACCGGACUUUAGCAUGCCAUAUAACGUCAUCAUUCUCACGAGCACCGUGAUGGCGCUCGCAUUUGGCAGCAUUUUCAAUCUCCUUGUGCGGAGAUUUGUCGGUGCUGACGAAGUCGAGGGAUUGAAUGUGUCCGGUAUUAAGGGAAAGGUUUUAGCCAGGAUAAGAAAGGUUAAAGAGCGGUUCGAUAACGUGAAGAAGAUCAGGACCAAUGCGACAAGUCAUACGAAUGGCGUUGAGAAGGAAAAAGGGAACGAGGGGAAAAAGAACCAAUAGUCAUGUUAUUAAAUCGUUGAAUUUUUCUCUUGGUGCGCUUCGACAUUCUCAUAUUGUCAAAGGAGAAGGGAGCAUACGUUGCUGCAUUGCAUUACUUCAUUUGGCCUUGAAUGGCAUCUCUACAUUUCUAGAAGACAAAAUAUCAGACUAUAAAAGUGAGC